AUGUCUAAUUUAUUCAAACGAAUGACAACAAAGCGCGAUGAUUCGGUUCAUUCAUCGUUGCAUGAGAUUGAUAAGUUAGCAGAUGAUGAAAAUACGACUGAUUUUAGUUAUGUGAACCUGUCAUAUCCAGAAGAUGAUGUUGAAACACCGCCAGUUGAAACAAUACCAGAUGUAACGUUCGACGAACAAACGAAGAAGAAUUUCGAACCUGAUAUAGAACUAAACAGAUUAGAAUCAAACAGAUUAGAAUCAAACGCAUCGAGUGAUCAGUUUAACGUUUUGAAUGACAUUAGCGAUACAGAACAAAGUCCUUAUGAAGAAGUUGCCGCUGUUGUACCGAACUCUGAUGAUACAACUCUGCCAUGUUUAACAUUUCGUACAUGGUUUUUGGGUCUGGGUUUCACGUGUUUAUUAUCAUUUAUUAAUCAGUUCUUUUGGUAUAGAACAAAUCCUUUAACAAUUGGUGUUCUUGUUGUGCAACUGUUAUCACAUCCGGUGGGUAAACUAAUGGCGCGUAUUUUACCAAAAAAAUCUGUUAAAGUGUGGAAAUGGAAUUUGACGUUAAAUCCUGGACCGUUCAGCAUUAAAGAGCACACAUUGAUAACAGCAAUGGCCAACGCUGCAUGGGUGGGUAUUAUGCGACGUUUCUUAGUCUGGCCGAGUGCGAUGAUUUGGCCAAGUAAUUUGGUCAGUUGUGCUCUGUUUCGUACAUUACAUGAAACGGCCGACGAAAAGGAAAAGGAAAAGCCAAGCAAGUGGAAAAUGUCUCGUUUAAAAUUUUUCUUUAUUGCAUUUGGUUGUCAAUUUCUCUACUAUUGGUUUCCCGGUUAUAUAUUUCCGCUAUUAGCAGCAUUUUCAUGGAUCUGUAUGAUUAAACCAAAGAAUAUAGUUGUCGCACAAUUAACGGGGAAUAGUGGUCUAGGAAUAGGAUCAAUUGACUUUGAUUGGAAUGCCAUUGUUGCUUUUCUAUCGUCACCAAUUGUCGUACCGUUUUGGGCUCAAUUGAAUAUUCUCGUUGGAUUUGUGACACUUGCUUGGAUCUUUACCCCAAUUUCCUAUUAUUUAAAUUUAUGGGGAUCACAAGCAUUACCAAUCGUUUCGAAUAAAAUAUUUACACCAGACGGAUAUGUAUACGACAUUCAUGCUGUUCUCAAUAAGGAAACAAGACUAAAUGAAACAGCGUAUGAACAAUAUGGACACAUUCGAAUGACAGCGAUAUUUGCCAUGUCAUAUGGUGUUUCUUUUGCAGCCAUUACGGCUGUCAUUGUUCACACAAUUUUGUAUCAUGGCCCACAGAUCAUAAAACAAUUUAAAACAUCUUUGUCUGACCAAAGUGAUAUUCAUGCAAAAUUAAUGGCAAGAUAUCCAGAAGCACCAGAAUGGUGGUAUUCAAUAUUGUUUGUUGUUAGUUUUAUUAUCGCUGCUAUUGUUUGUCAUGUUGGCAAGUUGAUGCCGUGGUAUUAUCUUUUUGUAGCUGUAGCUAUCUCCUUCUUUUUCUUGCUACCAACGGGUAUUGUUCAAGCGAUUACGAAUCAGUCAAUUGGGCUGAAUGUCAUCACCGAAUUUGUUGCUGGUGUAUGUAUGAAAGGAAAUCCAUUAGGAAAUGUUACGUUCAAAACGUAUGGUUACAUCACUCAGUAUCAAGCACUUUUGCUUAUUUCUGAUUUGAAACUUGGACACUAUAUGAAGAUACCGCCGAGAGCUAUGUUUAUCACACAACUUAUCGGGACAAUUAUUGCUGGCGUUAUUAACUAUGCAACAGCAAAUUAUUUAAUGAGUAUAAUACCAGACAUUUGUACCGAUAAAAAUGUGGACUGGACAUGUCCGAAUGCCAAUACAUUUUUUUCGGCGAGCAUCAUCUGGGGUGCAAUAGGACCAAUAAAAAUGUUUGGAAAAGGUUCGCUUUAUGGAAGUUUACUGUAUUUAUUUUUGAUUGGUGCUUUCUUGCCCGUAAUAUUUUGGCUUCUAAUGAAACAAUUUCCAAAACAAAAAUGGUUAAAGCAUGUUCAUUUUCCAAUUAUGUUAACAGCAACGUCAAUGAUGCCUCCUGCACCACCGUAA